AUGCAAAACGGAACUGAGCGCAAGCAUGUCCCGUCAGCGGACAUCAGGCAAGCCUUCGCGGUGGCCAUGUCAGCCAUGUACUCCAAGGAGGUCCCUCUGUAUGGCAAACUGCUUAGUCUAGUUGGACAGACCAAUCAGAGAGUACUCGAGAACGACCCUGAGCUUCGCGAAAAGCUCAAACCUACCGAUAAUCUCGACAGAAUCCACUUAGAGCGUCACGGAGCCAUUCGUGUCGGCAGGCCAGACGAGCUUCGCCAGGUCCGGCGCGUCCUGCAGGUCAUGAAUAUGCUUCCUACUGGAUAUUAUGAUCUCGCACCGGCCCAUCUCCCUGUGCACGCGACUUGUUUCCGAGCACAUGAAGCAUCCGAGCUCUCUAAAAAUUCUUUCCGAUUGUUCGUGUCCGUGCUCCGCCCAGAGCUGAUUGAAUCGGAUGACCUUCGCCAACGCGCCACCAGCAUUCUUUGCCGUCGGCGUAUUUUCUCCGACAGGAUGUUUGCGGUGCUGACCAUCUAUGAAUCCAACGGUGGCCUUGUUGAAGCUGAAGCCGAAGAAUUUGUCCACGAAGCAGCCAGCGCCUUCCAGUGGCACACCUCGGCGGCAGUAUCUCAUGCGCAAUACCAGGAGAUGUCAUCGGAAAGCCCUAUUCUGGCAGACAUUGUUGCCUUCAAGUCGCCGCACAUCAACCACCUAACCCCACGAGUACUGGGCAUUGACGCAGUCCAAUCAAGCAUGCGAGAAUGGAACAUACCCGUCAAAGACUACAUCGAGGGUCCUCCCAAACGGCAUUGUCCUAUUCUUCUGCGGCAGACUAGCUUUAAAUCCAUCGAGGAACCAAUCAACUUUCCUGUGGAGGCUGACGAAUCUGAAAAUGCAAAGCAAUGUGUCCCCGGUAGGCACAAGGCACGCUUCGGCGAGAUUGAGCAGCGAGGUGCGGCUCUUACGGUUAAAGGACGCCAGUUGUAUGAUUCCCUUCUGGCAGCAGCGAUCAAGGAUUCCAUAACGCCCGGCGAUGGCGCUGCGUUCUCUCAGGCGUUGACGUGGCAGACGAGAUGGUGUUGUAUCAGAGAAUUCAGGAGGAGAGCAUCGAGCAAUGCAAAGCGUGGCUUUACAACGCAUAGCAAAAAACAUAGCCAUCGGUUACAUAUUCUUUCUAUAAUACGAAAACAUUCAUCUAGCUAUGCUUCAAUUUUCUAUUUGUAA